AUAUUUAAAAUAGCAUUAGAUAGGCAGAGCGGUUAGUCGGGCUCGAGGAGCGAGUUAGUCGUCGUCCAACCGUGUCAGCGAUUGAGCGAAUUUAAACGACGCGACGGUAUCGUGGCACGUGACAUAUCAUACAGAAUUACGGUAAUUGCAGUGACGAGAAUUGACCGCUUGCCCCCUGAUAACCGGCGAAACGCGACGCGAUCUAGACAGAUCGAUCUAUCCAACGAUCCUCUGAACCAUUGCACAGUGAUCUGGAAAGCAAUAGGUACCCGACGAAAACAAAACAAAAGAUUUCGAAGAUGGAUACGUUCCUUCGUUUGUUCGGGAUCUCGACGGACGACAACAGAAUCGAUCAGGCGACGGGAUUGACGGAAAAACAAAAGAAAUUGGUGAAGAACACGUGGGCUGUGAUAAGAAAGGACGAAGUUGGGUCCGGAAUCGCAGUAAUGACCGCAUUCUUUAAAAAAUAUCCAGAAUAUCAGCGGUACUUUACUGCCUUCAAGGACAUUCCAAUGAACGAACUGCCAAAUAAUAAAAGUUUUCAGGCUCAUUGUGCUAGCGUAAUUACGGCGUUAAGUAAUGUUAUCGAUUCCUUGCAUGACCCAGGAUUAAUGGAGGCAAGUUUAAUCGGCUUGGCCCAGAGGCAUAAGAAUCGCGGUCAAAGAAAAGAGGAAUUUCAGAAUUUGAAGGAAGUGGUAUUGGAAGUUCUCUCCCAGGCAUUGGGGAAACAAUUCACGCCGGAUGUGGCCGAAGCAUGGCGGAAAACCCUCGACGCGGCGUUCGAGAAAAUCUAUCAAGUUUUCGCUUCGUGAAAAGACGAAACUUGGACGUAGUCGCGGGGAUAACGAAUCUUUCGUUUAUUUUUAAUAGCCACUGAGAAUUAAGUACUGUAUAUAAAACGCACCAUUUUACACGUUCGUGCAGUUACAGACUAUCGAAACAAAACGAGGGAACGUUGUUGCGCGUAUCAAACAUAAAUAUACAUUUUAAUUUUACAUUAUUUUUAUCUACGUUAAUACGAUAUGUAAUACACGCAUAUACACAUUUAUUAUACGAAUUAUACCAAAGUGUGACGUUUCUAUGAUCAAGUACAAAGUUGAUUCAGCAAUGUCUCUGCCCACCAAUGUCUAACAUUUCUUCUUUUGUUAUAAAAGAUAAAGCAAAUUACUUUCCACUGUUAUUAAUUAAUGUACGUUUAAGUAAACGUAACGAAGUGCAAAGUACAGGGUACAAGUGACUCACAUUGAAGAGAUUAAACACGAUUUUGUAAUUUCCUGUUCCCAUCGAGAAUCGUUAUCUUCGAGAAACAAUCUCUCUCCCCUUUAUUUAUACUUAUUGCAUAGGUAGGAAUAGUUCGAUAGAUACGUUAUCGGUAAACGUUGACUGUUAGAAAAGAAAUUAUCUAAACUACAGCUAGUGCAAUUAAACACAUUUUCUUGAUAUUGAGUUCAGAAUUCUGGAAUAAGCAAAGAUGGGUCAAGUGUCAUCGAAAAUUCUAUAGACACGCUAUUCGUGCGUCGGUAAGUAUACCUCUCGUAAAAGUCGCGAAAUGUGAAAAUGGUGGCCAUGUUUCUUUGCUGCCGAGUCGAGAAUAAAACUUUGGGAAAGUAGAACGAAGAAGCUCGUCAGAAACGAGAUACACGAUUUUUCUGUGAAAUUCUAGAAUGUCUGAAAAUAUCCGAUAGAAAUAUUCGUGUAGGUUGCAACAGAAAAUAAAUAAUCGAUGGUAAGAAGUUUGAUUUCAAUGGGAAAGGGUUAUAGAUGAAAAUGGUUGAG